CAUCGGUCGGGGUCUCCCCUGGGAAAACACCAGACUCGACAAAAGACAGUCGUUUCCUCCCAACUAUGCAUCCGCCAUGAACUAAGUAACUAAAUAUACAGCGGGCGCUUUUCGAGCUCCAUUAUGAUGGAGCCUUUCGCUAACUGAAUGUUAUCUUAUCUCACUACAUUCAACGCCAACAAUCGUGAGCCAUGGCAGACAAGCACAUCUUCUCCUCUCCCGAUGGGCUUGUACUUGCAUCUCUCAAGGGUUCCGUCGCUUUGAAUCCAACGCUUCGUCUCCAUCCGUCUUCUCGAACUGUAUACACCGCGCGUCCGGAUCCUUCCGUCCACAUUGCUGUUGUCUCUGGAGGUGGAGCAGGUCACGAACCUGCCCAUGCUGGGUUCACCGGACGCGGCAUGCUCACUGCCUCAGUAUCGGGCGAUAUAUUCGCCAGCCCCAGUGCAAAGCAGAUCCUCAACGCCGUCUUGCUUGCCGCAUUCGCAGGUUUUCCUCCUCCUUCAGAUCCUAAAACCGCCCGACCCAGAGAUGUUCUCGUUAUCAUAAACAACUACACAGGUGACCGUUUGAAUUUCGGGUUGGCCAUCGAACGUGCCCGCGCUAGAUACCCGAAUCUGAACAUCGCAAGCGUAUUAAAUGCAGAUGACGUUUCCCUUCUUCCACAGGCGGCGACAAAAGAUGGUCAGGAGCAACCUAUAGUAGGUCCACGUGGCCUAGCUGGGAACAUUCUCGUCUGUAAGAUGCUUGGAGCGUACACUACAUUCGGUGCAAAGGGAAUCUCAACUGAAUCCCAGCAACCUACUUUCGUGCGUGCUAAAAGGCUCGGUGAUGCACUCGCUGCAAACUUGCGCAGCAUAGGCGCAGCCCUUGGGCAUUGUCACGUUCCUGGGAGAAACGCACAUUCUGGCACAGAAAUAGUUGAACCGGGACUUAUCGAGCUUGGUUUGGGUCUACACAACGAGCCUGGCGUGCGGCGUGCACCACUUUCUUCACCUACAUGGCUUGUUUCUGAAAUGAUUAAAAUGAUUCGCUCAUCAGGGAGCGGAUGGAUGGGAUCCGAGGUCAGUAGAAAUGGAGCCGUUUUCGAUCCUGCGGAGGAGUGGAUUCGGCCUGGUGAUGCAACAAUAUUAUUCCUUAACAAUCUUGGAGGUAUCUCCCAGCUCGAAAUGGGCGCUAUCUUGGAGAUUGUCAAGAAUGAACUUGCAACGCAUGGCAUACUCGCGGUGCGCAUCUACAGUGCACCUUUCAUGACUUCAUUAAACGCCCCUGGUUUCUCGAUAUCACUCGUCAAUGUCACGCGUGUCCACGCACUCGUCAAUGACCAAACUCCGGGAGAAGAACCAAUCGAUAUCCUUGCACUUUUGGAUGCGCCUACUGAUGCUCAUUCAUGGAUAGCAACGCGGAAGUGGGUUCUGGAGCCACAGAGAAUCGCAGACGAGGAGCUGGAAGCGGAAGAGACUCUGCAGGCCAUAUCACGUGUUUCAGCGGGCGUACCAUCCUCCAACCCUCUAGUCGCCUCUACCUCCCAGCCCUGGGAAGCCCUCGGCUUCACCCCUUCAGAAGUAGAGCGAGGUAUCCGAGGCGCUUGUAACGCACUACUUGGAACAGAGGGCGAAUUGACCAAGUUUGACACGGCAUUUGGCGAUGGGGAUUGUGGAGAAACGUUCUCUCGUGGUGCCAGAUCGGUCCUCUCCGGCCUCGAUACAGGUAUACUAAACGUUCGUGCCUCGCCUCCAGCCGCAUUUUUGGAGAGAGUUGGCGAACUUGUGGAGGAGAGUAUGGGGGGAACUAUCGGAGCAAUCUUCUCCAUUUUCUUCGCAGCAUGGUCCACGGCUCUAUGCACCGGUCCGUCGACGGAUCCCGCAUUGGUAAAGGUUUCUGCUCUUCGCAAGGCACUUUCCGCUCUCAGCGCACAUACCCCUGCCCGGCCAGGCGAUCGCACCAUCGUCGAUGCGCUGGCACCCUUGUGCGCACCUGAAGUACCCCAAGUCGCCGCUACGGACAGGAAUGUGCUUCUCGAGUAUACUGUCCGUGUCGUGAAAGAGGCUGCAGAGUCCACGCGACACAUGCGUGCCCGGUUCGGACGUGCGGCGUAUGUCGGCAGAGGUGGAGAAUGCGAAGCCAGCAUGGCAACGGAGGAAUUCCCUGACCCGGGGGCUUGGGGUCUUGCAGCUCUUGUGGAUGGGUUUGUAAGGGGCGUACAGGACAGGCAAUCUUGUACCGGGUGAUGUACGGAGGCGCUUUCAAGGUAGUCUCGUCCAAGAGCCGUGUCUUAUGUACUUGUUCUCUAUAGUGCUUCGACAAAUGCGUGAAUGCUACUUCCGACGUACAGAGGG